CGAAGUUCGUUACAAAGGAAAAGUCUAUGGAGCUCAAUGCUUAGAGAGAGAGAGAGAGAAAGAGAGAGAUCUAUACGUACUUAUGGGAGUGUAUAGAGAGAGAUAGAAAGGAGGAAUAGAGAGGGAGAUUUGAGUCCGUGUUUUUAGGUUUUCGUUUCUUCUUCGGCAUUGUUGUUGCUGUUUUUUUUUUUUUUGAAAAAUCUGAAAACUAUUGUGUGAGUGAGAGUGAAGAAUAUAAAGAAUCAUGGCGGAUAAAGGAAUUAGCUUGGAAGAAAUCAAGAAUGAGAACGUCGAUCUCGAGCGUAUACCAGUUGAGGAAGUAUUCGAACAAUUGAAAUGUACAAAGGAAGGAUUGACAAGUGAGGAAGGGCAGCACAGGCUCGAAAUCUUUGGCCCAAAUAAGCUUGAGGAGAAGAAGGAAAGUAAGCUUCUAAAAUUUUUGGGUUUCAUGUGGAAUCCUUUGUCAUGGGUUAUGGAGUGCGCUGCUAUAAUGGCCAUUGUCUUGGCAAAUGGAGGGGGGAAGCCUCCAGAUUGGCAAGAUUUUGUUGGUAUCGUGUCAUUGCUUAUCAUCAACUCUACCAUCAGCUUUAUAGAAGAAAACAAUGCAGGCAAUGCUGCAUCAGCACUAAUGGCUGGUCUUGCUCCCAAGACAAAGGUCUUGAGAGAUGGAAAAUGGGGCGAGCAGGACGCGGCUAUCCUGGUACCGGGUGACAUAGUUAGCAUUAAGUUGGGAGAUAUCGUCCCAGCAGAUGCACGUCUCUUGGAAGGAGACCCUCUCAAAAUUGAUCAAUCUGCCCUCACUGGGGAGUCCUUGCCAGUAACGAAGAACACAGGUGAUGAAGUAUUCUCAGGUUCCACCUGUAAACAAGGUGAGCUUGAGGCUGUUGUGAUUGCCACUGGAGUGCACACCUUCUUUGGCAAAGCAGCUCACCUUGUUGACAGUACCAACCAAGUAGGCCACUUCCAAAAGGUAUUGACAGCCAUUGGUAACUUCUGUAUAUGCUCCAUUGCGGUGGGGAUCAUAAUAGAGAUAGUGGUGAUGUACCCAAUUCAACACCGCAAGUACAGGGAUGGGAUUGAUAAUCUACUGGUUCUUCUCAUUGGAGGCAUUCCGAUUGCCAUGCCUACUGUAUUGUCUGUGACCAUGGCUAUUGGAUCCCACCGUCUGUCACAGCAAGGAGCCAUCACCAAGAGGAUGACAGCUAUUGAAGAGAUGGCUGGGAUGGAUGUCCUUUGUAGUGACAAGACUGGGACUCUCACCCUUAACAAGCUUACAGUUGACAAAAACCUGAUUGAGGUAUUUACAAGGGAUGUGGAGAAAGAUAUGGUAAUUUUGCUAGGGGCAAGGGCUUCUAGGGUGGAGAAUCAGGAUGCUAUUGAUGCUUGUAUUGUUGGAAUGUUGGCUGAUCCCAAGGAGGCUAGAGCAGGAAUCACAGAAGUGCAUUUCCUGCCCUUUAACCCAGUGGAAAAGCGAACAGCCAUAACAUACAUUGACUCCAAUGGAAAUUGGCACCGAGUUAGCAAAGGUGCACCAGAACAGAUUAUCGAGCUCUGUAAACUUAAGGAUGAUGUGAGCAAGAAAGCUCAUGACAUCAUUGAUAAAUUUGCUGAUCGUGGUCUUCGCUCCCUUGCAGUUGCUCAACAGGCAGUACCAGAGAAGAACAAGGACAGUCCAGGAGGGCCAUGGGUGUUUGUGGGUCUCUUGCCUCUUUUUGAUCCUCCAAGGCAUGAUAGUGCAGAGACCAUUAGACGUGCCCUUCACCUUGGUGUCAAUGUUAAGAUGAUCACUGGUGAUCAGCUAGCCAUUGGCAAGGAGACUGGUCGCAGGCUUGGCAUGGGGACCAACAUGUAUCCCUCUUCCACCCUCCUCGGUCAGAGCAAAGAUGAGACCAUUGCUGAUAUCCCUGUCGAAGAGCUAAUUGAGAAAGCCGAUGGCUUUGCUGGUGUCUUCCCUGAGCACAAGUAUGAGAUUGUGAAGAAGUUACAGGAGAGGAAGCACAUCUGUGGGAUGACAGGAGAUGGUGUAAAUGAUGCUCCAGCUUUAAAGAAGGCAGACAUUGGUAUUGCAGUGGCUGAUGCAACCGAUGCAGCCCGGAGUGCAUCUGACAUUGUCCUGACAGAGCCCGGACUAAGUGUGAUUGUGAGUGCCGUCUUGACAAGCAGAGCCAUUUUCCAGAGGAUGAAAAACUACACCAUCUAUGCUGUUUCUAUCACAAUCCGAAUCGUUUUGGGCUUCAUGCUUAUUGCUCUUAUCUGGAAAUUUGACUUCUCGCCUUUCAUGGUUCUUGUCAUUGCCAUUCUCAAUGAUGGAACCAUCAUGACCAUUUCGAAAGACAAGGUCAAGCCAUCUCCCCUACCCGACUCGUGGAAGCUCAAGGAAAUUUUCGCCACUGGAGUGGUUCUUGGCACUUAUCUUGCCGUCAUGACUGUUAUUUUCUUCUGGGCUAUUCAUGAGUCUGACUUCUUCUCUGAAAAUUUUGGGGUAAGAUCGAUUAGGAACAACCCUGAUGAGGUUACUGCAGCUGUAUACCUUCAAGUAAGCAUUGUUAGUCAGGCUCUUAUCUUUGUAACCCGGUCCAGGAGCUGGUCCUUUGUUGAACGUCCUGGUCUUCUGCUUCUUACUGCAUUCCUAAUCGCACAGCUGAUUGCUACAUUGAUUGCUGUAUAUGCCGAUUGGCCCUUUGCGAGGAUCAAAGGUAUCGGUUGGGGAUGGGCCGGAGUUAUUUGGCUUUUCAGUAUUGUCUUCUACUUUCCACUCGAUCUUUUCAAGUUCUUGAUUCGAUUUGCAUUGAGCGGUAGGGCCUGGGAUAAUAUGCUUCAGAAUAAGACUGCUUUCACAACGAAAAAGGACUAUGGCCGAGGAGAGAGGGAGGCCCAGUGGGCUUUGGCUCAACGUACAUUGCACGGUCUCCAACCUCCAAGGACAUCGGAGCUCUUCAAUGACAAGAACAGCUACCGCGAGUUAUCUGAAAUUGCUGAACAGGCCAUGAGACGCGCUGAAGUUGCUAGGUUAAGGGAGCUUCACACGCUUAAAGGACACGUUGAAUCUGUGGUGAAGCUCAAGGGUCUUGACAUUGAGACCAUUCAGCAGCACUACACGGUUUAAAAGUGCAAAGCGAUGGAAAUGAUUCUGUUGGGAUCUGGCAAGGUUGGAAGAGAGAGAAGGAAGAGAGUUAGAAUAGGCAUCUACAUUUUUUAUUUUUUUUCUUUCUAUUUCUAUUUUUCAAAUUUUGAUUUUGCAGAUGAUGAUGAUGAUGAUGAUGAAGAAGAAAGGGCUGGGAAUAAUCCAACUGUUUGAGAUUGGUUAUAUAUAUAGACAAUCCAAGGUUGGGAAGUAUAGGUGAUAGAAUAUAUAGUUCCUUCUCAUAGUAUAUGAGAAGUUACCACAAUCUGUAUGGCAACACUUGACAUUUUUGUUUAGCCUACUGAAUCCCCUUUUUUUUGUAGAUUAAAAAUUGAAUAUUUUGUGUGUGCGCAUGCCCUUAAAUAAUCAUCGAUUUUAAUGUUAGUUUAGCAUUUCUUGUCCCCAUAGCAUAUCUGAUUUGAAUAAUGUUACACCAAUGGC